AAACAAAAACAUUCGCUAAAAUAUCAUUGUUUUGUAAUUAUUGCUAUUAACUCAACAUUUGCAUUAACACCUUUAGGUUAUUAUAUUUUAUAGUUGAUGAAAAUAUUUUCAUUUUGGCAUACAACGUAGAUUUUUCUAAAAUACACUCCUUUAAUUGAAAAGUAAAAAUUCUUACAGUGUUUUAAGGAACAUUUGGAAAUCGAGCUGAAAUCUUUUGAAUUAAACGCGUUGUGGCUGUGGUAGAACAUAUUUAUGAAAAUGGUGGAAUUAUCUGAUGCAAUCUUCCAAGAAAAAUCCGUUUUAAAAUCAGAUUCUAAUGCUAAUGAUCUUACCAGUGGUAUUUAUGAAGGGGUGGCUCAAGGCCCUAUUGUUAUUGAAAAUUCUAAAUCUAAAAAUUUUCAUAUAAAAGAAUCCCGUGAAACUAACUUUAAUUUGAUUGCAUCUUCGUAUGCUAAAUUUGAAAACUGUAAUUUUUCUAAUCAUGUCAUAAAUCACUCAAAUACACUUCCUCAACUUUUGUGUUCUGGUUCCUCUACUGAAAAUAAAUAUUUAGAAGAAACUGAGACACCAUUACAGCGUGUAGCACGUUUAAAAAAAGAAGUUUUUGAUACGUUAAAUUUUACGAAUCAAUUAGUCAAGCAAUGUACAAAUAACAUAACGCCCUGUCAAACAACUGAGUCGACUAUGAAAAAUCAAGAAUCUUCAGUGGAGACUAUGAAUGAAACCAUGCAAAACUCUUUAGAAAUGUUAAAAGAACUUAAUCAAAUGCGCUAUCAACUUGAAUGCCUUAGUUACGAGCCAUUCACAAAAGGUUUUCCUGCCUUUUCGGAACAAAAGAUGGCAAGCAAAGAAAAAUCAUGCAAUGUAGACAUUUUGAAUCAAAUGGCUGAGUUUUUACCCUCAAAUGAAGAGGACGAUAAACUCAUCCUUUCAUCUUCCAAUUUACAGCUUGUUAAUUCAAGUUUAACCGAAAUUUACGAUAGGUUGAAUAAACUGAAGAACCCUAAUACACUAAAAAAUGAGCCCAUUGAAGAAAAUAUUAACGAAUCAACGUCAUCUUUUACCUAUGAGUUUUACACAGUACCAGAGAGUGCCUCGGAAGUAAAAAUGGUUGAUGUUUUAGAAUUGGAGCGGCGUGUUUCUAAUUUAGAGUCUUCCUUAGGUAUUGACGAAAACUCGCAUUUGUCAUUGCCGUACACCAAUAUUGCAUCAGCGAUUAAAGAUAUUUUUACAUCUAUUUCAAUGAUGUAUCCUGAUAAGAUGGAAAGAACUAUAGAGUAUAUUAAGACGCUUAACGUUCAGCUAGAUGAUUUUGUUAGGACAAACAAGCGAAUAAAUUUUCAGUUAGAAAACUCAUCACAAGAUAAUGAUCAGUUCAAUCUACCACAUGACCGCAUUAACAAACUUUAUUCAUUUUGGAGCUUAUCACGCCCUGUCGUCUCAACUCUUCCUUCUAUUGUAAGUCGACUACAAGACCUUCAAUCGAUUCACCAGAGUGCUGCAUCUAUCAUGAAACGUGUUUCGGACUUGGAAGAAGAAUACUCUUUGGUCAAUCAAACAUUGUCGACCGUGGAAGACGAGUUGACAGAAUUGCGUCAAUCUGUUUUAACAACGAUUUCGUGGGCAAAAGAUAUUGUACAAAAACUUGAGAAAAAAGUAUUUGUUGACACUAAUACGGAAAGCACUAGUAAUCUACCGAAUUCCUUUGAACCCUGAAAUUCUAAGAAGUUAUUUAGUUUUUUUUUUUUCUGGUCCUUUGUUUCGUAUUUCUUAUGCAAAAAAAACUACAUUGAUUUAACUUUUUCUGUUUAUUGUAGCGUAAGAUUUUUUAGUUCUUAUCGUCAAAAAAAGCACAAAAUUAUAAAGUGAAAUGUGUGUUUUUAUCAA